AUGUCAAAACAAGCCAAACUGCCUGUCGGGAUAGACUCCAAAAAGAUCAGCGGUGAACUUUUUACAUUGACUUAUGGCGCACUUGUGGCUGAAUUGUUACGUGAUCUCGAAAGUCCAUCUGAGGUGAAUCGGGAAUUGGAUAAAAUGGGAUAUAAUAUCGGAUUAAGAAUGGCCGAUGAUUUGUUGUCGAAAAAUGCUCAGAUUGGACGGUGUACUGACAUGCAUCAAGUGGCCGAGGUUCUCGCCAAAGUUGCUCUCCGAACUUAUUUGGGUGUGAGCGCACAAGUGAGUAAUUGGAGUACGAGUAACGAUCAGUUUUCGUUGUUGAUCGAAUCGAAUCCUCUGACCGAAUUCGUCGAAAUACCUCCUGAAUUAUCUCAAGAGCUGAAGUUGGCAUCGUUUCUUCUAUACUCUCAAAUAAUCUGUGGUGCGAUUCGAGGUGCCCUUCAGAUGCUUCACAUUGAAGUACAAACAGCGAUUGUGAAUGAUCUUAAUCAAAACACCGAGAUUCGAGUUAAAUUCACUCGAAUUCUUCAAGAGUCUGUUCCCCCUGGAGAGGAGUAUUAA